AUGAGAGGAAAAGUGGCAAAGAAGCAAGCUGGCAGCAUCCUAAGUGGACAGAAGGGUAAUGCUUUUAAACAUUUACAAAGGUUCUGCUUCCAAAUAGUCUCAUUGUAAAGUUUAGUGUCGACGACAAGCUCGAGAUCCGUGAGUUAAAUGUGACUUCAGCGAGCACGACGCUGUAUGCUAGUGCUAGCUGCUAGCCGCCAAGACAACAAAGACUGACGAGGAUGACUUUAGCGCCAAACAGCAGCGUGCACGCGCACCUGCGCGAUGACGAGGUGCAGGUGGUGGAGAACGCCAUCCGACUGGCGGUGGACUCCAUCUUAAACGUGCUGUACGGCGUCAACAGCGGCCGCAGCCGCGAGUACCAGAGGAUGGUGGCCGACAGGGACAAAGAGAUCCAGCGGCUGGAGGACCGGAUGCGCGCCAUGGAGGCCGACGUGCACGCGCGGCGCCGCUGCUGCAACGGCUGCGCGUGUGCGAUGGCCUCCGGGAGCGCGCGUGACCAGGUGACCUCGCCGCGCUCAGGUGAGCUGCAGGCCGGGGAGGAGAGAGCCGAUGGCGGGGACACGGAGCCGGAAGUUGGGCAGCAGGAACUAAGUUUCUCUUUGGGACUGUUUGCCAGCCCCUCCGUCAGGCAGGAGGCACCAGCAGCUCUCCCCUUACCUCCCAUCAGCCGAGCAGGUCCACACCCAGACUCGGCAGACCCCUCGGGCACGUUUGAAGCCUCCGGGAAGUCCCCCUCGCCUUCUUCCAGCGGCCUCGCCGUCAAAGAGGAGCCAUGCGACAUCGACGCCGUGCUCAUCAAGUGGGAAAUGAGCGAGGAGAGAUUUAGGGAGCAGCAGGAGCGAGAUGGAGGUCUUUGUUGGGACGAAGAACAACUGGAGGACAUGGAGGGCAUGAACUACGGGGAUGCAGAUGCAGUCGCUCAGCGGAUGACAGAAGCACAGCAGCUGAGUGACAUCAACGUUUUUGGACGUGUGCAAUUCUGUCAUCCGGUGGCUACCAAUCUGGGGGAAGAAAUGAGGAGCAGGAAGAAGCGAGUGUCCAUGGCGGAUCUACCCGAGGAGGCCCAGAGGCUGAAGAGGGCGGCGUGGCGAGCGGCCUCCAGGCGAUACUACGCCCGCAAGGUGGCCCGCCAGCAGUCGGCCCUGGCCCGCCCGGGGCCCUUCCACCACCAGAUGGAGCCUCACUACUCCGCCUCCCCGCCCAACCUGCAUUGUCUCGCUUUCGGGAGCAAAAGGAAGCGAGCGCCCAUUUCCAUGCUACCUCAGGAGUCGCAGGCCCAGCAGAGGGAGGCGUGGCGAGCGUCCUCCAGGCGCUACUACCACUCACGCAAAACGGCCCUGCACCAGACGGCGCCCUCGCACUACCCUCUCCAGAACACGGAGCCCUCGGGAGACGCACACGACGGCGGGGACUUGUACGCCGACACCGAAGGACUGGGGGGGAUUCUGUGUAGUUGAUUUUGUACAUUAAGACUUAUUUAUUGGUGAUGUUUCCUCCUCACUUGCACUAACAAGGAGCCUUGCUUCUCCUUCGUUUCCUUACUCGCACUACAGCGCCCCUAGCGUCCAGCAGCCGCAUUACAGCCUUCUGAGCUCGUCUUUCUUUUGGUCCUGCUAUAAAUGGCGUUGAAAUAAAACAAGCACAUACA